GGCCAGAGCCCUCCAGUCCCCGAUUCUGGCCCUCGCUGAGUGCCAGGGGCGGCAGGGGGCACCGUUGGGGGUUCUCCAGUGGGAGGAACGUGCUCUGUGAGGUCAGCGCGCCGCGGCCCGGGUCACAAUGCUGCCCUCCUCGACGCCCGGGCGGCACGCCACAGAGACCUGCCCGGCUCCGCCUGGACCGGAGCGUUCUCCCGCGGCAAGGGCUCGGGCAGCUGCUUCUAGCCUGGGACCGGUCUCAGCCGCCGGGAGAGCGCCCCGGGGCUUGGACAUGAGCGCCCAGGAGCCCCCGCAGGGUCGGAGAUUCCCCAUUGAGGCCGGAGACUCCCGUGGCCUUGCCGCCGCCCCCGAGUCCCAGGACAGCCCAGAGGCGGUAGCGACGGAGCACAACCCGGUCAGGCCGCUUCGUCGCUGCCCUGGAUGCCACUGCCUGACGCUGCUGCACGUACCCAUCGACGUCUACCUCGCCAUGGGCGGGAGCCCCCGGGCCCGCGCCACGUGAGUGCGCCUGCUCCCUGCGGCUCCGCGGGAGCUGGGCGGGAACGAGGCCCCCCGCGGGCCACCACGCUGAGGUCGCAUGCGCCGAGCACGAGACAAUGAUGCACAUUUUAAAAUAAAAGAAUGAUGCACAUUUUAAUAAA